CCACCAUCCAGCUCCACAACUUCUGCUUUACCAUCCUAUCGGAUUUUACUUUCACAUAAAACCCAAAACCUCAUCUGGAAAGCUUUGCCUUGCCUACUAAAAUUAAUUGAAAACUCCUGCAUCAAGAUUGAAGUGUCAACUGCAUGAACGCCACAAGAUGGAGACACUCUGCACUAACAGUGAAACAAAGGUUUCAUUUCUCAUAAGAAAAUGUAAUUUGAACUUUCAUCAAAUAGGUGGAUGCAACGAUGCUCCAAUGGGAAGAAAAUGGUGGUAAAAAUACAAAAAAAAAAAUAAUAAUACCAAAAACGCGCCACACCAAACGUGUCAUAGUCUCAUCUGCGUUGACAGUUCACGUUAACACCCCCCUGCGUGGAAACUCCGAGCUGCGUGUACUUUCCCAGUGGGUAGACGUUACUUUCACAAUGUUCAGACACCAAAGUGCAGCAUGAGAGACCACCAGUUGACUGAGCCCACCAACCACACGCGCGCACAGACACGUACAGACAGACAGAAAGAGCGCGUGCGUGAGAGAAAGCAACUCCACGCUCCCACUCACGAGAGGGGCGUCAGUGGCCAGGAAGGAAGUGACAUCACUCGGCUGCAGAGGCAGAUUAAACAGCGCGUUAAAAUAUCAGAAGCGACCUAUUUCAAACGCUCGCGUCUUUAAAAUUAAAAGCGCAAAUAAAAAUAAGUUGUUCUUUUCGGUCGGAGCUGACGCGACUGUCACCGAACCUACAUGUCAGCCUACAUGCAACUACAUGCAGUCAUUUACCAGCAGGCUGAAUGUUACUGCUGCUUACCGAACGAUUUAGGAGUAUUUCCCAAGUCAGUUUGGGAGCCGACACUUCAGGAUGGCCGGGUUCUUCUGGAUGCUGGGUCUCACUCUUCUCGCCCAGGGUUUCCUGCGUACCCUUGGAGACGUUGAAGUUGGCUGCAAGAAAUGGGUUCCAGACACAGAAGUCAAGGGCUUCGUUAAGUGUGUUGAAUGUCAUCCUGGGAAUCGGUUGGUCAAACCGUCUGGCCCAAAUCCUCAAAAGCUUUGCACUCCAUGUGAAAAUGGAACAUAUACACAUCAGUCGUUGGGUUUUAAAUGUCCAUCAUGCAUCCAGUGUGUUGGCGCUCUUGUCCAUUUCAAAGACUGUACCCCCAAAAGUAACACACAGUGCAAGUGUAAGGAAGGUCUUCGCUGUGGAGACGCAGAAUGUACCUUCUGCACGGACGAGUGUGGAAAAGGAGAGGAACCUACAAAAAAGCGUGAUUGCAGGCCUUGUCCUAAAGGAACCUUUAAUGACCAAAUUCACCAGAACUGUAAAGCCUUCAGUACCAGGUGUCCAGAUCCAACUCAUAUAAUUGUAUUCCAAGGAAAUGCAUCUUCUGACAUCAUAUGUGAACUACCUCAACCUCCGACAACUCUACCCGUGACCAACCCAGAGAACAAUCCAGUGAAACCUGACGGGAACAAAGAACAGCCAUGGCCGAUGGAGUCGUUUGCGGUCAUUGGGGUCCUGAUGAUGUGUCUCAUCGUCUUCAUCGUCCUUGUGUCGGCGCUGAUCCACUGCAACGGCAAAAAGGAAAAGAUACAAAGAAGAACCCCCUCAAAAACACCCAUUGUUAUUAGUAACCCUUCAGAUGAGCCAAGGACAUUGAUUGCUAUUGAAUGCAGUUUUCAUGAAGCCCAGCAGGAGCAGGGAAGCAGCACAGAAUCACUCAUAUCCAAGGACUCGGAGCAGGAAAUUGUGUGAAUGGAAGCAAAGUGGCAUCUGCAGCUGAGGAAAACAUUUUUAUCCUAACCAAGGUGGGAUUCUUUGCCAUAAGUUUGGAGGACUUUGACCUAAAGAAGGAGCAGCACUGAAAUGACAGAACGACGAUGAGGUCUCUCUACUGGUUGUUUACUAUUUAUUCUUUGUAAAUACAAACACAAGAGGAAGGGGAAUUCUGAGAUGGGGGGAAAAAACCAAGUGGACUUUAACUGUGACUUUCUUUAUGCAAAUGACAGAAAGCCACACUGUUCUUCCCCUACUGGAGGACAAAGCAGCUUUAUUUAGUGUUUUAAAACACUGCACUGUAUCUGACAUUUAAGUGUUAACGAAGAUUCUUCGUAAUGUGUAGGUAUAGUGACCCUGGUAACUGUUUAAGCUACUAUUUCUGUGGAAAAAGAGUGUUAUAUGGCGCAUGCUACAGUGUUGUUCAAUUUGAAAGUACAGUGCAAGUGGGCGUUCAGUUUUUAGUCAUUUGUCAUACUGAGCCCACGUACGCCUUCCUGGUGCAAAUGUUAGCCUUUACCUUCGUUCCAUUGAUCAACCUAGUUACUUACUGUUUUUUUUUUUUUUUUUCUUUUCUGCUGAGUGUGUUGCGCGUAUUGACUGGUUAUUAAUAGUGUGAGUGCAUAAACGAGGCCAAGCGACGACGGCAUUGUUUUUGAUCAGCUGAAACCACAGAUUUACAUGCACGCUAUAAAAAGACAAAACCAUUUCCGCCAAUGAAUCAAACGUUUCUUACUUUAGUUCAGUAGUUAUAUUUGCUAAAUUGUUAAUGAAUACACCAAAACUUCAGUGCUUUUAAACAACUUGGGCAAACCAAGUUGUCAGCUUCUGAUAGGUUGUCUCAGAAUAUUUCACUUGAAUAGAUGUGAAUACCUGUGAGUGUAAACCUCAGACUACUGUACUUGCAAAAACGGAUUUUUGAGGAGGUCAAAAACUUCUAAAUUAGUUUCGACCGACUCUGUUACACCUGAAGCUUAUGGAAGCAGAUCUUUUGACCGAAGUGAUGCAUCUUAGUGCAAUUCUACUAAAUAUGAGUAAAUGUACAUAGAUGU